CCCGCCUGCCUGUCUACCCCCCACAAGCUGGAACCAACAAGAAGGCUGUGUCCCCCUUCCUCUGGGUGUCCUUCCUGUCUCCUCCCAUCAGGGCACAGUCUUCAGGAUGUUCCAGGGGGAAUAGAAGCCAAAACCAGAGCCUCUAAAUAUUGCCCUUUCCCAGUGAUGCGACCCCUCGGGAGUCAUCUGCUGGCUGGUCUAUGCGUGUGGGUGGUCUUGGGUUGGGCAGGGGGCUCUGUCACCAACCUGGGCCCUGCGGAGCAGGAGCAGAACCAUUACCUGGCCCAGCUGUUUGGCCUGUAUGGAGAAAACGGGACACUGACGGCGGGGGGCCUAGCCCGGCUUCUCCACAGCUUGGGGCUAGGCCGAGUUCAGGCACUUCGCCUGGGACACCACGGGCCUCCGACUGGUCGGGCUGCACCUCCAGCUAGAGACAAUUCCACACACAGGCUGCAGGGCCCUGAGCUGAGUGUGGAUGUCUGGGCUGCCUUUGAGUCCAUCAGGAUGGGGUGACCUGGAGGAGUCAAAGGCCCCCUACCUACCCCGAGGGCCAGCCCCUUCAGGCCUGGGCCUCUUUCACAGGCUUCUGCUACUGGACCAUUCGCUGGCUGAUCAUUUGAAUGAGGAUUGUCUGAAUGGCUCCCAGCUGCUGGUCAAUUUUGGCCUGAGCCCUGCUGCUCCUUUGACCCCACGUCAGUUUGCUCUGCUGUGCCCAGCCCUGCUCUAUCAGAUCGAGAGCCGUGUCUGCAUCCAGGCUCCAGCCCCAGUACCCUCAGGAGAUCUACUAUCUGCCCUGCUUCAUAGUGCCCUGGCAGUCCUGCUCCUCAGUCUCCCUGCUCCCCUCUCCCUGCUGCUGCUGCGCCUCCUGGGACCUCGUCUAUUGCGGCCCCUGCUGGGCUUCCUGGGGGCCCUGGCCGUGGGCACUCUUUGUGGGGAUGCAAUGCUACACCUGCUGCCGCAUGCACAAGGAGGGCAGCACUCAGGACCUGGAGGGCGGCCAGAGGAAGACCUGGGUCCAGGGCUGUCGGUGCUCGGAGGCCUCUUCCUGCUCUUUGUGCUGGAGAACACGCUGGGGCUCUUGCGGCACCGAAGGCUCAGGCCAAAAUGCUGCACAAUGCGAAAAAGAAGGGAGCUCGGAACAUCAAACCUGGACCCAGAGGAUGGCAGUGGGAUGGCCCUUCAGCCACUACGGGCAGCUCCAGAGCCAGGAGCUCAGGGCCAGCGGGAGCAGGACAGCCAACCCCCACCAGCCCCGGCCCUUCCUGGGCACCAUGGCCACAGCCAUGGGCACCAGGGCGACACUAGUAUCACAUGGAUGGUCCUCCUGGGAGAUGGUCUGCAUAACCUCACGGAUGGGCUGGCCAUAGGUGCUGCCUUCUCUGAUGGCUUCUCCAGUGGCCUCAGCACCACCUUAGCAGUCUUCUGUCACGAGCUGCCCCACGAACUGGGGGACUUCGCAGUGCUGCUCCAGGCAGGGCUGCCCUUUCGGAGGCUGCUAUUGCUGAGCCUGGUGUCUGGAGCCCUGGGACUGGGGGGUGCAGCCCUGGGGGUGGGGCUCAGCUUGGGCCCUGUCCCCCUGACUCCCUGGGUGUUUGGGCUCACUGCCGGGGUCUUCCUCUACGUGGCCCUCGUGGACAUGCUACCAGCCCUGCUUCGUCCUCCUGAGCCCCUACCUCGGCUGGACAGGCUGCUGCAGGGGCUGGGGUUGCUGCUGGGGGGCAGCCUCAUGCUCACCAGAGCCCUGCUGGAGGACCAGCUGCUGCCCCUGGUCUCUGACGGCUGAAGGGGACUGGUGGAGAGGGGUCCAGGUUCCCCUUCCUCCCCCCCAACCACAGGAAUGGAGGCGGGACACAGGGCCAGUAGGAGCAACAGGAUUUUAAUAAACAGAACCCAUCCCAAAGCCAUGACUACGACAGUUGUACUUGCACCAAAACAGCAUAGAAAACCAGGGUGUGGUGGGAAGGCUCAAAGCAGGUGGGGCAGGAGAUGAGCAGGGGCCUGGAGGGGUGGGGUGCAUCAGUCUGCAGGGAGAGCAUUGUGCUUUAGCCCGAGGGGGAGGGGGAGGGGGGCAAAUGCACCGAGGUCCCCACGUUUUCCUGCUGCCCUCAGCACCCUGGGGAUGCAGGCAUCUGGGCAGAACCGCCCUUUAUUGCAGCCCACCAGCAUUAAACCCCUCCGACCCCAACACUAGCACCACAGGUGGAUCCAGGGCAGGGAGAAGGGCAGGAAUGGGCAAAUUGCUUAGAGAAAGAUUCAACUAGAAUCCAGUGAAUUGUGCUCAGUUCUCUUUACUUCCUACAACCGAGUACAUGGGUCACAGGGUGGAGGGUGCAACAGGACAUGAACACGCCCCUCCGUGCCCCCCAACACACACCUGCACACAGGGUGGUGGUGUCUGCAGCAUCACAGGUCAUGCAGGGCAUGGGGAAGGGGAGGUUCACACACACAUAGAUGCCCACAGUGGGUACCAGACAGAGAACACCCCUGAAUAUACACAGCUGUACAAGGGGAACCCCCAGGUCCCCACCCCAACCCUCUCCCCUGUCUUGCCAUUCCCCUGGCAGGGGAACUGUAUUGCUUUGAGAGAGCCACCCCAGGGGCUGCUCUGCCAGGCACCCUACCAUCCCGCCCACCCCCAUUUUGGCACAUCUGCAAGACACACGGCAGUGAGAGUAGGCACCCUCUCUCCCAGGCUUCUGCGGCUUGGAGUUGGGGAAGAGGGCAGGAGACUUCAUCCUCCCAUCUUUCCCCCAAGCCCUUCCCAAACCCCUGCCAAACCCACUCCAGCCAGGACCCACCCCCACCCCCCAAACACACACAUACAAAGCUGAGCUAUCCAGGAACACAAGGGGAACAAGGAGAUUGUCCGGGAUGGGAGCAGAGGCAGUUGGGGGGAGGGGAGAGA